GGCGAUACGCAUCGUUCUAGCCAUGAAAGUGCAUAGUAAUUCUAAGUAAGAGGACGUCGUCCACAGAGAGCGACUAUCUGAAGCUCUCUCGUUGAACCCAGCUCUACUUUCGAAAAUCAUCGUGUAUUUUACCAGUGACAAACUUUAGCACACAGGGCCGGAGAGCGCAAAUUCGUGCAGCACACGGGACUUCGCUUGCCAGAUCUCGGCUCCAGCCGCCAGCGUGGCUACGCCCCCCCUUUUGGGUAUAGCUUUGGGACCCACAGAGCUGACACCGCUGACAUGAAUAUAUUUUUUCGCGCCCCGUACAUGACACCUGAUCGCGUGCUUCUCAAUAGGCGUUAUGGCGACACGUGCGUCAGAGGAUCCGUCGAUGGAUCCACGGUUUCACAAUCUCCACGAGGAACUCAGAUCUGUGCUCUUCGAUGGCUUGUCCGGUCUCUCACCCACCCAACUCCGUCUCGUCCAAGUCGGCGGUUCGGAAACAUCACCAAGCUUGAACUUCUCGUCCGCAACGGUCAAGAUACCUCAAGCGCGCCUCGUACGAUAUCUUCAGAACUGGAUAACCGAGUGUGCGCCGCAGCUGGACAAGUUUGACGAGGAGCAACACUUCCAGAUUGAAGUUCCACUUGUCGCUCAACGGUCUCCUGCUUUGCUCUAUGCUAUCCUUGCCUUUUCGUCGCGACAGAUGGAAAGGCGAGGUAUGGUGCGAGGAUGCUACGACAGCCUCGAAUUGUAUCAAGAAAGUAUACGAUUGUUGGCACCUGCACUCCGGGCAAAAGACUCGGUCACAUUGGUGACGGCUUGCAUUCUUGCUGUAUUUGAAUUGAUGUCUAGCGAAACAGGAAAUUGGAGACGCCAUGUCGAAGGCUGUGCUUCACUCUUCGAAGUAUUUGGUGUUAAUGGCUUCUCAGGCGGUUUGCUACAAGCCGUCUUUUGGUGUUAUGCCAGGAUGGAACUUUGUGGAAGCUUCACAUCUGAUGGUGCGGAGACUAUGGUUUUGGCAAUCGAGAAAUGGGUACCGGAACUGGAUCGGUCCCUAGUAUCCUCAGAAGAUGGCGAAAAAAUAAUAAGGUCGUUCUUCCACGAAAAGAGCCGAGAGUCCCAUGACGCGCAUGCCAAUUGGGCGAUAUAUUUGUGCGCAAGAGUAUGCGACCUGAAGUUUCGCAGAACAAGUUACCUGGAGCUUGGUCGUACCGAAUUCAGCGACAAGAGACCCUUCUCGCAACAAUGGCAACAACUUUGGAAAGAUUUGCAUUUCUGGCUCGAUGAGCGUCCUACGACCAUGAGACCUAUGACUCUUGUCGAGGAAGACGUCGAGCUCUAUUUCCCAUCUAUCAUCUUUCCACACUGGGCGGCAAUCUCAAGCAACCAGGUAUACCAUGCUGCCUGCAUUCUGAUGCUAGAGAUGCAGCCAUCCGGGAGCGGUCUCGAUCGUCAGACUUUGUCGCUGUGGCAUGCGAGGCAAGUCUGCGGCAUCUCGUGUGCGAACCCACACCCAGGGAGUAUGGUGAACUCGAUACAGCCUCUUUACACUGCAGGUAGGCUGCUCACACAUCGUGGUGAGCGACAAAAGAUAGCUCAAUUGCUAGAGAACAUCGAGCGCGAGACUGGAUGGGCAGCUUUAUGGCGCCUAAGAGACCUCGAGGUCGAGUGGGGAUACGAGGGCGUCAUUGACUGGGGACAUAAAUCUAUAACCUUCGCGAAGUAGUACGUGGUGUGGCCCAGACAGCUGUACUCGUCGCAUUGGAGUUGCGUACCCCCCCCGCGUGCUAGAUUGUGUCACUCUUAGCCAUCUCUCGCGAUCGUAACUAAGGUUAUAUGGGCUAAAGGGAUGCACAAUGUUUUUAAAACCAGUGCAGACCUCCGC